AUGGAAGCCGAGUGUUGGGGAAUCUAUACUGGAAUGGAAAAAGCAUGGGAGAUGGGAUUCCGGAAGUUGGUCAUUGAGUCAGAUUGUGCGAAGGCAACUUCCAUCCUCAACAACUGCAACGAUUAUGGAGGCCCUGCUUCUAACCUCAUUGAGAAAUGCAGAGAGGCAAAGAGAAGACACUGGGAGGUUGCAUUCAUUUAUGCACCACGUGAGAAGAACAAGGUGGCCGACAUUCUGGCUAAGAAAGCUCAUGAGCAUAAUGAAGCCUUCCGUUGGUUUGAGCACCCCCCUGGAACAGCUCUUGAAGCCUUAAGAGAAGAUGAACUUGGUCUCUUGGGCGGCACAAAUAUUGUGAGGAUUAGUUAUUAA